CACGACGGGAGGCGGCCGCGGCGCGGCAGGAAGCGGAGGCGGCGGCGCAGCGGGAGGCGGCGCUCAAGGCUGCAUACGAGCAGCUGCAGUCGGAGUUGCGCGCUGCCCUGGCCGCGUCCGAAGAGAGCGCCACCACUCUUCGGGCCGAGCUCGAUCAGGCCAACGCCACGUGGCAAGCGGAGCGCGUGCGAAUCCAGGCGGAGCGGGACGAGGCCCUGUCAAAUCAUUGCAGCGGCCUGUCCGGCGGGCGCCACGUGGCGGGGCCAGAUGCAGCGCCUGUCAGGGGAGCUGGCUGCGGUGGAAAUGGAGAGGGAGGAGUUCCGAGAGGCCAUUGACGCCCUGGACGAGCGGCUGACUGAGGCGGGGCGGGCCGAAGAGGCCGAAGCGGCGGCGGAACGGGAAGCAGAAAUGGAGCGCAGCGUCGCGAGAUUACAGUCGGAGGUCGCCGCGCUGAAGCGGGACCUGGAGCAGGCCCGGGGACAGGCGCCGGGGGCCUCUGCCAAGAAGACGAUCGCAGAUCUCCACCGCAGCAUCGACGGCAUCAAGCAAAAGCUUGCACAAGCCGAGAGGGAAAAGGCUGAGAUCGCGGACCAGGUUUACAAGUUGAUGGGUGAGACUGCGGCGGAGCAGCGGCGGUUGCACAAGGAGGCGAUGGCAGAGGCAGCGCGCACCGCCGCCCAGACUGCUGCCAAGCUUAAUACCGACCUGGAGUUCGCAAAAGCCAAGAUGCGAAGCCUGACGAAGAGCCAGGAGAUUCUGGAAGAGGAGAACGUGCGCCUGACAGUGGCGAUGAGUCACAGCGGUUCCGCCCAAAAGUGGCUGGCGCAGGACCAGCGCAUCAGGGACAGGCGGAGGUGGAUCAAAUGCUCAAAAAGGAAGCAAAGAGGGCCAAAGAAGUAUAAAGCACAUCCGCGCCCACCACGCCAACAGUAGAGGACUUGCCAGGCACCACAUGGACUUUGUAAUCUAUUACAGCGCUUCGAACCGAUACUUGACAAACCGAGAUCAAGCAUGAGAGAACAGCGUAAACUAGUCACGGUCGCCUGUUUGAACAGUGAAACAGUGCCUUUGGCUUUAAGAUAACCACGAGAACUGCUGCAAAUACUGACCGGAAUUGCGAACGGGCCCCCGACUGUUUGUCAGCGCGACAGCUAGAUAAAAGCUUAAGCACGAGAAAUUAAUUUCCCGCGCCCGGCAACGGAAGUAUGUUGUGCCCUGUUCAUGUAGUGUAAAAGUUUUGUUUGACGGCACGAAAGAGUAGGAAGGGAAGCGGGAAGUAGUCACAGGCGAAAAGGUUAAGUUCGAAAGAAGGUGAACGUUCUUUUGAACAGAGCGACAAAUAGCAAAAAAAAAAUCCUGAAAUUUGCAGUUAUGGCCACGUUUGCUUUUCUAGACGUAUCACUGACACACCACUGACAGCUCCGUGUGAUCUUACUGAUUUGAGACUGGUAGGGAAUCUCCAAUCUGGCGACCGUCCGGACCGUGGUAAUCUGUAAUCAUGUCAAACCAGCCUUAUAUCAGUGCGGCUUUGCGGGCCCG